GUCCACAAUCAAAUCACUUCAUCUCAAGACCAAAAGAAACUCAACAGGUGAAAGUACUCAUUUUAACUCACCUGGACGGAUAUAUUAUGGAUUUUAUCUAAAUUAUCUUGUAAGAUAACAGGAGCUGAGAGCAACAGCAGACAGGAUGAGUUGGGGAGCACUUUAUGCCCAGCUGGGAGGGGUAAACAAACACUCCACCAGCUUGGGAAAGAUCUGGCUUUCUGUCUUCUUCAUCUUUCGCAUUUGCAUCCUUGUAAUAGCCGCUGAGAAGGUCUGGGGGGACGAGCAGUCCAGCUUCACCUGUAACACACAACAGCCAGGCUGCAAAAAUGUCUGCUACGACUACUUCUUUCCAGUCUCACACAUCCGUUUCUGGUGCCUGCAGCUCAUCUUUGUGUCUACACCAGCUUUGCUGGUGGCUAUGCAUGUGGCAUAUAGCAAACGCAAUGUAAAGAAAGGACUUUUGGCCAAACGAGGUGGCAAAGUCAAAGGGGAUGACCUGGAGAGCUUGAAGAAGAGGCGUCUACCUAUCACUGGGCCACUGUGGUGGACCUACACCUCAAGCCUGUUCUUCCGGAUCCUUUUCGAGGCCGGAUUCAUGUAUGCUCUGUAUUAUGUCUACGAUGGGUUUCAGAUGCCUCAUCUGGUGAAGUGUGAGCAGUGGCCCUGUCCCAAUAAAGUUGACUGCUUUAUCUCACGACCAACAGAAAAGACACUCUUCACCAUAUUUAUGGUGGGUUCUUCUGCCAUUUGCAUUUUGCUCAAUGUGGCUGAACUGGCCUACCUGAUUGUCAAAGCACUGCUGAGGUGCUCAGCCAGAGCCAAAGGAAGGCAUGCUUUUGUUCACCAAGACAAAAUGUCAACAGAAAAGGCUCACAUACAGAAUGAAAAGAAUGCAAAGUUGAUGUCAUCUGCUUUGGACUCCUCAAGCAACAAGACUGUUUAAGAUUAUACCUACAUCCAGUGACUAAUUCUAGUAACAUGGUAAUGAGCUUGAAAAUACAUUUUUAUUUUUUUACUUUUUUAAUGCCACCAGGGCACAAAUUACAAUUACAAUUAGCCUAUGUUGUGUACCCUGUUUUUGACAACAUGCCCUGAGAAUAAAACAAAGCCACAAACCUGUCAGCAGGUUUCAAGAAUGCUUCAUUACAAAACUGACAUUACUCCCCCAAAAGACAAUUAGGGCAUAUGACACAGUCUGAAAAAAAUGUUGGAGGUUGUUGAACUUCAUUUUCCACAUUCCUCAAGAGCCUGUCACAUUACUCUCUAAUGGCAUUAAAAAAUCCCAAGAGUGACUCCUAGUGGUCACAACGACAUAAAUGAAGUUUAGAGACCAUCAUUGUAUAAAAUAGUGUCCUUUAUUGAGGGGUCGUUUACAAGAUAUUGUAUUGUAUGUAAAUGUCCAUAAGAGUCCAUAAGAUACAAUCUAAAUGGAAUUGGUUAUGGGUCAUCUGAGCCAUGCUUGUCCUUCAUUAAAUAUUUUCCUUCCAGGAAACAGAAUAUGACCGAUUAUAGAAGAAAAUACUGAGACAAAACCUAACCUCAGAAAUGGCUUUAGAGUUCAAUUCAUUAAUUUUUUUUUUUUUUUUUAUGUAUUACUAGUAUUUUUAAAGUGUAAGUUUUGUGACAAAUACUUGUUCCACUGAAAAAGACAAAUGAUAAAUGUAAUGUGAAAGUCCCAAUUAAAGUGAAAAUAAAAAC